AGCGCUGGACGCUGAACCUUCGGUGGUGCUCCCUAUUGGGGCACUCCCGUGACCAUUUUACUCGGAUGCUGCAGGAUUUCACCAAUGAGCUCGUUGCGUUGAGGAUGUCUUGGAAACCGUCCUCAUGUGCCAUUCUGGCCACAGCGGAUCGCGGUCCAGUCACAGUGGCGCAGCAUGGGAUAUACCUGGCAGUGUUGGCAGUCGAUGUCCUGGAGGUGCUCGGCACAAUGGUGAGCGCAGACGGGUCGUCCGUCCUGGCGCUGAGGCACCAGCUACCCAAGGCAACGGCGUGCUUCUGGGCCCACAGCGCGGUUCUUACAGCACCAGGGGUUUCUCUCAAAACAAGGAUGGCCGAGUUCGCGAAGAGAGUUCAACCGGUUGCCCGGUAUGGAGCGGCUGCGUGGACGUGGUCCAAGUCCAUUCAUAAUGAUUUUCACAGGUGGGAAAACGCUAUCUUGCGACGCAUUGCAGGACUUCGACGACGGCCAGGAGAAGACUUUGUACGGAGCGUGCAACGCCACACGCGAAGAGCAAGAAGUAUCUUGGGCACGUGAGUCUUGCUACGCAGUUUUUGGAUGAUUUGCAUCGGCUUGCUGGUACAAGCUUUGCCCGACUAUAUGCGAGCGCACUUCCUGAAAGCAUUACGGCUGCCUCUUGCACGGAUUUCUCAGCAAUCGUUUCGUCUGUUAUCGCCACGCCCGCGGUCGUGUUGAUCGGCAGCCAGUGUUUCCUUCUUGCCUGCAUCAUGUGGUGCGACAUCCAAUGGUGGGGGUGGCGCCAAGCCGUGGGGGAAGCAAUAGACCCAGCAGAGAGGCGCGAACCUUGGCGACACAGCAGAUGUGGCCAUCACCGUCGUUGGGAAAAAGUGUUCGUCGAUGUGUUUGGACGGCACCGGAAAUCCAUUGCUGCAACGAGUGGGUGGCUGGGGUCAGCAGAAAGGAAGUUUUAGGCAGAAGGUCGGUUCGCAGCUCUUGAAGACAACCCCACCCAGAGGCGCGGCCGCAGGAAAGCCGCCCCUGCGGGGGGCGGACAGGCUCAGCUACUUCCACAGAAGCGCCCUCGCAUCGUCGUCCGGGAGCCCGUGCACUGGGAGGCAGUCGGCGGCGCGAGCGUGAGGAUCCAAAUGUUGAGGGACAGCGCUCUGAUCAUUCAUUGGGCCACUUUUUUAAGGAAGUGUCAGUACGCGGUCUACGACUCCCGACUCAGCGUUGCACACCACACAAUCGCGAUGCUUGUGGAGGCCCACGACGCCCUCCCGAGGCAUUGCAGCGCAGAGUGGGCACGGCACGUGUACCGCGAACUCAACGCAGGGGCCAACGAACUGGCGAACCGACAUUGUUUCAAGUACCAGCAGUACUGCUCUGUGGAUGGCUUUCGUUAUUUCCGUAUCUAUUUCGAUGGCAGCGUUUCUGACGGCGGCGUUGGCGGAGGUUGGGUGCUGUACGGUUCUCGGCACCUCACCACGGACGCCCCGGAGGACUGGAGCAAGAUUGCCGAUUUGAGUUUCGGGCUACGUGGUGGUGCUGCAGUUGCAGCGACUGAACUGGAGCCCUGUGUGUGGGUCAUCGUUUAUCUAGGUGAUGCGUUGCAGGGCCCUGCCACGGCGAAUUUCAAUCCUGAGCUCUGGCAGCCUAUCGAUACCAGUCCUCCCCCCAUCCUCUCCCUUGCCGGUAUGCUAGACGUGUAGUACCAUUUCGGACGACUGUUGUUGUUUUGUCCGAUAACUCGUGGUAGGCAUAAACGGAGCACGAAUGAUGUGGCAAUCGAGCUGUAGCCAACGUUUGCCCAGAUUGUGCCGUCCCUGUGCUUCUGCCCUGCGCGUGCUCAGACAUGGGCUGCACCGC